UUCCUGCCCGACAUCCUCUUCGUUCAACUUCCUCCGAGUGACCGAAACCCUCGCGAUACAGUCUCGACAGGAGCUCGCUGGGAAUGCAACGUCGAGAUCGCAACGUCCAAACACCGAAACUCCCAUCUAUAUCCUUUCUCCGCUUAGCUCCUACCCGAAACCAUUAAGGAAGCAGCCGUUUGCCUUCAUCUUUGUGUGCGGAUAUAGCAUCAAGGCUGCCGGAAGUCAUUCUGUGACUAUGAAUUACAUUAUUGGAGCAUUCAAGCCCCCAUGCAUUAUCAAGAUUAUUUUUUCUGAUUCCAAAACAAGAAAGCAGGCUUCUAUUAAAAAGGAAAAUGGCCAGACAACAAUGGUGCCUCUCUUCCAAAGUCAAGAAACAAUAUCGGGAGAGGUAUCCAUAGAACCUUUUCACGGGAAAAAGGUUGAGCAUAUUGGCGUUAAAGUUGAGCUUCUUGGUCAAAUCGAGUUGUAUUUUGACCGAGGCAACUUUUAUGACUUCACUUCUCUUGUGCGUGAAUUAGAUGUUCCUGGUGAGAUUUACGAGAGAAAAGCAUACCCGUUUGAGUUCUCCACUGUUGAAAUGCCUUAUGAGUCAUACAAUGGUGUUAAUGUGAGAUUAAGGUACAUUUUGAAGGUAACUGUCAGUCGUAAUUAUGUUAGCAAUAUUGUGGAGUACCAGGAGUUUUGUGUGCGCAAUUACUCAACCCCUCCAACGAUUAACAACAGCAUCAAGAUGGAAGUUGGAAUCGAAGAUUGUUUGCACAUUGAAUUUGAAUACAAUAAAAGCAAGUAUCAUUUGAAAGAUGUCAUUAUUGGUAAAAUAUAUUUUCUCCUAGUGAGAAUCAAGAUAAAAAAUAUGGAACUCGAGAUUAGACGCCGGGAAUCAACCGGAUCCGGGCCAAAUACAUAUGUGGAGACUGAAACCCUUGCAAAAUUUGAAUUGAUGGAUGGUGCACCUGUUAGAGGGGAAUCAAUACCUAUCAGGCUGUUCUUAAGCCCAUACGAGCUGACACCAACAUAUCGCAACAUUAACAACAAAUACAGCGUCAAGUAUUUUCUGAAUCUCGUUCUAGUUGAUGAAGAGGAUCGCCGGUAUUUCAAACAACAAGAGAUUACUGUGUAUCGCCUCCUUGAGUAACAACUACUGUUUUUUUCUUUUGGCAUUCUCUUAAUUUGUAUCUGUGUAAAGCUUUUUCAAAUUCUGCACUCUUGAGUUUGAUAUUUACAUUUAUACCAUUCUAAAAUCUGUUUAGUUAAUGUUUGAAAUGCUAUAAUUACAUGUUUGCACAUUAACUUUAUGUCGUUUUAGUGAAUUUGUUUGAGGUGUAAAAAAUUCAGACCAUCCUGUGUAUGGCUUAACCAA